ACUACCGGCGGAUCCCGAUUAACAGGGAGGCUGGUUUGACUCUUACCACGACCCUUCCAUUUUCGCAGAUUCUCUCCUUUCGCUUCUUUAUAAGCCCCAUUACACCCCCUCAUUCUCUGCAUUCCCAUUUGUGUGCAUUGCAUUCCACUUUAAAUUCCUUACAUUCUGCUAAAGAUUCUCAUCGCUUAAAGUUCUUGUAAUUUCAAUCACCCCAUGGCAGCGAAGAAAAUAGUGCUAAAAUUGGCCAUUGAGGACGAAAGCAGCAAGAAAAAGGCUCUCAAGAGGGUUGUAGGUGUCCAAGGGGUGGAUUCUGUGGCGGUGGACAUGAAGGAGAAGAAGAUGACUGUAAUAGGGAAUGUGGAUCCUGUGAAUUUAACCUCUAAACUCAGGAAAUUUGUCUUCGCAGAGUUGCUUAGCGUCGGGCCUGCGAAAGAGGAGAAAAAGGAAGGCGAGAAAAAAGAGGUAAAGAAGGAGGGAGAGAAAAAAGAGGAGAAGAAACCUCAAGGCGAAGCAAAGAAGGAGAACAAAGCAGAACCUCCAAAAGUUGAAGUUGUAUAUAUGCCCAUGAGCUACGACUAUAGACCAUAUGAAUACACUGUUGUGAGAGAUGAAUAUCCUAAUACUUGUGUUAUCUAUUGAGUGUGUGCUUAUAAACAGCCACUAUUUGUAAAGUAAGGGGGUUUUAUUUGAGUGCCGGUCCCAGCUCCAGAGCAGAGCAGGACAGGGCAUGAAAUAGGGUUCCAUUUGAGUCUCGGUCCCAGGCUCCAGCUCCAGAGCAGGGCAGGACAGGGCAUGAAAUAGGGUUUAUAAGUUUCGGGGCAACCUGGAUUUGUACCGAAAUGCGAAUGAGAUUUUUUAUUUUACUUUUGCUA